UGGCAGUAGCAAACAGUAGCAGUUGGUUUGUGUGAACUAACCUUACCAACCCUUUUUGGUUUGGGUGACGUUUGAAUCAAGGUCUGGUCAGCAUUAAAAAAAUAUUACAAUCCAUUACCAGGCGCCUUCUCACCAGCCGCAGUACUCAUAACUCUAGAGGCAACGGAGGGUGAGAGGUGAAACGGAGCGAUGGAUCCCGCAACGGUGAUCGCUCUCUGCAAGGAGAACAUUCAGCCACUACGCCAUGGCCGUAAUCCUAUACAGUUAGGGACAGCUCUACGGGCUCAGGAGGAUUCCGAUGUCCAACAGUUGUUACAACAAGAAAAGCAAAUGUUUGAGGAUGCUAUAAAAAACUAUCAAGGAGAUGACCCUUUAGAAAAUUGGUAUGAAUACAUUCUUUGGGUGGAACAGAGUUUCCCAAAAAGCGGACAUGACUCUCACAUGGCGAGGCUACUGCAACAAUGUCUAGCUACUUUUGAAAAAGAACCGAAGUACCAUCAGGAUCGUAGAUUCAUAAGACUAUGGAUUAAUUAUAUAAGUAUGCAAAAGAAUCCCCUGGAGCUUUACCAGCUACUUCAUAACAAUGGCAUUGGUACAAUGGUUGCUGAUAUGUACAGAGCCUGGGCUUUUGAGUUCGAACAAAAUGAAGACUUUAAAAGAGCAGAUGAGAUUUAUUCCAUGGGAGUAGCUGCUCGUGCUCAACCCUACGAGGAACUUGCUGCUGCCCAAACAAAUUUUCAAUUCGCUGUGGGUCGCUGGAUGCUUGGUCAUCGUGAAGACAGAGGGGCUGCGUCACUGGCUGAACAAAGACAAGCCUUCAGCUCCCUGCGAGCUAUAAGAGGUGGAAAAAAAGUUACCAGCAAUAGAACGGGGCACAGAGUUCGUGAUCAUUUACCUGGAGCUCUGCCGCAGGUCUAUAGUCAUAGUGCAUUACCUAAAGAGAAUGCCAGGAUCCAAAUAUACCAGGAUGCCGAGCUUGAAUCUGACCACAAGGGAUCAAGUAUUUUAGACCAUGUACCUAUUGAGGAUACUGUGCACAAAGAAAACUCCUUGAAGGCUGGGCCAUGGAGUAGCGCUUCUAAGAGAGGUCCUCUCAUCCCGACGACACUGAAAACCUCUUUUAAAGUCCAUGAAGAUCAGCCUGGAGACAACGACAUGGAUAAACUGAGAUUGUUCCCUAAUCACACAGCGUUUUUUGAUGGAAGUAAAUACCCUGAUCACCAAGACACACCCGCUUUUAUACCUGAAGCUCUGAACAUGGAUGUUAUACGCAGGGUUCAUUAUCCCAAAGAGCUGGUCUAUGCGAAUAACAUGGAUGUCAGUAUGGAGGAGAUUCGGGCACAGAAAUAUAUUAAAAGAAUGACGCAAGCAUUGGAGAAGAGGUGUGAAAAGUUAGAUGAGGCAGAAUUGGAACGUCAGAGAUAUGAAGCAGACCAAAAAAAGCAGAGGGAAAGUGAGGAAAGGAAAAAGAGGUUAGCGGAGGAAUCUGCGAGACUUGAACAUCAGCUUCGUGCUGCGGAACAACGUGAGUUAGAGCGUCAACGACAACUUCAGCAGCAAAGACGGGAAGCUGAACAGCGAGAGCUGGAGAGGCAGAGGUUCGAAGCUGAGCAACUUGAAUUAGAACGAAGGAGACGAAUAGAAGCGGACCGGAUAGAAGCGGCGAGAAUAGAAGCGGAAAGAAUUGAAGCUGAGCGUAUCGAAGCAGAAAGAAUAGAGGCAGAGAGAAUGGAGGCUGAGCUAAACAGGCAGCAGAAAAUUCAGAAUUCAAACUAUAUUCAUCAGCACCACAGAAGCCACGUUAAAAACGAACCAGAAAAUCAUCUGCUCGGACAGAGUAUAACCGUCAAUACUAAAGAGGCGAUGUCGCUGAUACAGGACCUUUGGCAUUCACCGGAUCAGAAUACCGGCCCUGUUCCCAUACCUAUACCAGUAAUGAAUCACGGAAUACCACAGCAGAGGGGAAAACUUGCCUUUGAUAUUCACAUGGACAGCUCCAUGACACAGCAUGCAAUUAGUGGAAAUAAAAACCACCAACAAUAUAAUAUGCAACAAUCGUACAGCGAACAGGAAAAUCAUCAACAUUAUCCACCUACUUAUACGAACCCUGACCAUCAUUCACCUUAUGGAAAUCACAGCUAUCAUAAUGCUUAUCACUAUCAAAUGCAGCAUCAUCAGUCGCAUCAGCCGCAUCAGCCACAUCAGUCGCAUCAAUCCCACGUUCAGCACCAGCAACACAUUCAAUCCCAACAUCACCAACAGCAACAUCAUCAACAUCAUCAACAGCAUCAGCAACAAGGGAUCUCUCCACAGCAGCAGCAUGGAAUUUCUCCACAGCAGCAGCAUGGAAUUUCUCCCCAGCAGCAGCAUGGAAUUUCUCCACAGCAACAGCAUGGAAUUCCUUCACAGCAGCAGCAUGGGAUUUCUCCGCAGCAACAGCAUGGGAUUUCUCCGCAGCAACAUCAUCCUUCUCCCCACAUGCAGCACCAGAUGUAUAGAAGUAUACCAGGAAAUAGCAUUGGGUACCAAUCUUAUCACGGUACAAUGCAGGCGGCUUUGCCACACGAUCCGGUAGUGGAGCCUCCGAAGCAGCUGCAGUUUACUCCGUACAUAGAUCCAGAUGUCGAAUCCAAUAAGCCGUACAAAAUGCCGUCAGAGUUACCGUACAUUAAAUCGCCAGGAAUGAAUAGGAGAGACUUGAAAUAUCUUGAAGGUGCAGAAAAUAAGGAAAACGCCAUCACCGUCGACUAUAACGGACCCUUGGAAGAAGAUGGCCCCAAACAAGCUGGACAAGAAAAUUUGUAUGUCGACGAAAGCCUGGGAAUUGCCCCACUCGCUGGUGUUGAUGACACCUGCUUUACGCAGGCCUUCAACAGCCACUUAACUAGCUCCACUCCAAUCAUAAAUCAUUUCAGACACUCAUAUAGAGUUAAGGAAUCACAGCAGUUCCAAGAACAUGACAUUCCGGUUCCAGGACCGGCUGAAGUGCGUAAUUGCGAGGGAGAAGAUAAUAAGCUUAGUAUCAUAAUGGAAUCGACUCGUGAAUACAGUUCUAGUUGCUCCGGUAGUAGCGGUGCACAGACGAGAACUCCUGGUUUAGGAUUUACGAUGACCAGAGAAGAUCUGGUUCCCAUAAAAGAACAGUCGACAAAUCAAGAUAUGGAAUCAACGGAGUAUUUGUUAGCAGCAAAUCAGACAUACGAGCAAAAAAUGCGAGCUCAAAUUCAGGCGGUGCAUGCCCAGAGCCCCCGAACAGUCCAGCGUAACGUUGACGAAAUAACUUCCGAGAUAAAGAACAGUUGUGACCUGCGUAAAUCGAUAAGUUUCAAAGCUACAAAAGAUGAUUCGAUGGAGUUUGAAGAACACGAAGCGAUGGAAGAAGUUGACGAAGAAUCUUUCCAACUGCCAACAGGAGAUAUCAAUCCCUUCGACAAAACCCUGAUAACGGGUUUGCUGAAAAAAAUUAAAUUCCCGCAGCCACAUCAUGCUGUCGGAUACACCAGAUUAAAUGCAAAUAUUAACAAAUUCGUGCCUUCUAGUAUGGCAACUCUUGGUACGGAUGCAUACGAUAUAGAAAAGUGCCUUGGUAAAGGAACCUACGGAACCGUGUAUAAAGGAAUAAAUCUACAAACGGGGCAGUCAGUCGCGUUAAAAACGCAAAAACCUGCUUGGGUUUGGGAAUAUUAUAUUGCUAGAGAGAUUCGAGCGCGAUUAACGAACCCUCACAUGCUGCGUGGUUUCAUGGAUAUAACUACGGCUUACGUUGGAAAUAACGCGAGUGCUCUUGUCUCGGAGUUCUCUAAGUACGGGACUCUUCUCGCAGUUACAAACCAGGUGAAAAUAUCAACUGGAAAACCUCUUCAACAACCACUGGCUAUAUUCUUUACAAUUGAGAUGCUACAGAUUGUCGAAUACCUUCACAAAUGCCAAAUAAUCCACGGUGACAUAAAACCAGAUAACUUUUUGCUGAUGCACCUACCUACAGAUGACGUGAGACCGACGAUACAGCUGAUAGAUUUUGGCUGCAGUAUAGAUAUGAGUCUUUUUCCUGAAGAUACCAAAUUCAACCAAGUGAUAAAAACCGAAGAUUUUACGUGCAUAGAAAUGCAAACUGGAAAACCGUGGACUUACCAAACAGAUCUCUACUGCCUAGCCGCUUCAAGUCACUGCUUAUUAUUUGGAAACUAUAUGCGUGUAUCAUGCAACAAUGGCCGAUGGUUUAUAAACACGAAAAUACCAAGAUACGCGAAAAAGGCAGCGUGGGAAAGGUAUUUUACAGAAUUAUUAAACAUUGAAUCAUGUGAUCAGAUGCCGGAUCUAGCUAGUCUCCGUAAAAUGUUAGAGGAAAGUUUAGCGCAGAUGUCAGAGCUGCAAAGUUCCAUCAGACUAUUUUCCAAUAUACUGAACAAACGAUAACGCUUAUGAAACCGAAUCCAUUAAUUAUCACGCCCCAUAAAUCCUCCUUCCUUCUCCCUACCUCUCAACCCUUAGUAAACAAUUGACAGCGAUAAAAUUAAAAUUACCUAAUAUUGUGAUAUUUAUUAUUCCAUUAUAAUUAUCAUCAUAGCUAUACUAUUCAUAUGAUAAAAAUAAAGUACAUUUAUUUUUAUUUUU